AUGAGGUCUGUUAAAAUCUUGCUGUAUCUGGUGAUGUUUUUCAGAGUGUCUGGAGGUGAGCUAUUUGACCGCAUCGUGGAGAAAGGAUUUUAUACUGAAAAGGAUGCAAGUACUCUGAUACGACAAGUCUUGGACGCUGUCUACUAUCUUCACCGGAUGGGCAUUGUUCACAGAGAUCUCAAGCCUGAAAACCUCUUAUACUACAGCCAGGAUGAAGACUCUAAAAUCAUGAUCAGUGAUUUCGGAUUGUCCAAAAUGGAGGGGAAAGGGGAUGUCAUGUCCACUGCCUGUGGUACCCCUGGAUACGUUGCUCCCGAAGUCCUUGCCCAGAAACCAUACAGCAAAGCAGUGGACUGCUGGUCCAUUGGAGUGAUUGCGUAUAUUCUGCUCUGCGGCUACCCUCCGUUCUACGACGAAAACGACUCCAAGCUGUUUGAGCAAAUUCUGAAAGCAGAAUAUGAAUUUGACUCUCCCUAUUGGGAUGAUAUCUCUGAAUCUGCUAAAGAUUUUAUUCGGAACUUGAUGGAGAAAGACCCCAAUAAAAGAUAUACCUGUGAACAGGCAGCCCGACAUCCAUGGAUCGCCGGUGACACAGCCCUCAGCAAAAAUAUCCAUGAGUCCGUCAGCGCCCAGAUUCGCAAGAACUUUGCAAAAAGCAAAUGGAGACAAGCUUUUAACGCCACAGCCGUGGUUAGACACAUGCGACGGUUACAUCUUGGCAAUAGUUUGGACAGCGGUUCAAACAUUAGCGUAUCAAACAACCUUAGUCUCGCCAAUCCGCUCCCAGAUGGCACAUCCAGAAAAGAGUGUAUGAACUCGUCUGCUCUCUGUAGUUUUCCUUCUUCAGCUUCAACUGGCAUUUCUGCUGUGGGAGAGAAGAGGCCCAGACAGACCACGAUAACCACAACCACAAUACACACAGGGACCAAGUGAUCCAGGUCACCCUGUGAUCCCACCCACAGGGAAGUUGUCAGAGAUGGGAGAAAAAAUCCCCGGUGCCCAGGCAGGAAAUGGAAACCUUCUCCCAGGUGAUUUCAUCCUGCAUUGCAAAACACAUCGAAGCAUUAGAAGAAUAGAAGGAUUUUUUAAAAAAACACACACACACAAAAAAUAAAUGGCCAUAUUUUAUACCGCCAUUCAGAAAAGUGGCAUUCAUCGCGAGCGGCAGUGACCUCUGGAGGAUGGGGAAGAGAGUGGCACCUGAUUCUGGCUCCAGGAAUCCAAAAUGUUCUGACUCAGUUGGACCUGUGUUGGUUCCUCAAUGAUUUAACUCUGUUCACACAGCGUUGAUAUCCAUACCUGCUUUGGUUUUCCUUAACAAAAUAGCGCAACUGGAUUAUUUAGAGUAAUUUCAAAUGGUUGUGUUUUUGCUUUUGUUUCGUUUCUUUGUUUUUUUCAGCUUUCGGGGGGGUUUAUUCUCGUGUUUUUUUUUUCAGAAGUAGAGAAUACAAAGAAGUUUGCAUUAAUCUUUCAAAUCAGGAAGGCUGUUGUGGCCUGUUUUAUAUGUAUAUAUGCAUAUACAUUAUAUAUAUACAUAUUUUUUCUUAACUCCAUAACUUUGGACUGCAGACUUGCCUGGAUCUUGCAGUGACGUUGAAAAUGAACAGCUUUCGGCACGGUAUCUUGUCAAGAAAACGGGAACAAGUUCUCGUUUCCUUCCAGUCCCACGGAAGGGGGUUGAAUUUCAGAAUAGGGUGCUGUGCUAACCCCUGAAAUAAUACAUUUAUUUUCUGUUUGCAUUCACACCAGACCCAUCUCUAUGGGCUCCAAAAUGGGGCUUGAAGAAUUUCCCUGGGUUUUUUAUUUUUUCCCCUUUUCAAUUGAACUGAGGGGGGAAGGAAAGCCCCUACAAAAAUUUUAUUAUGGCCAAAGACCAGCAUAUUCCAAAGGAUAUGGCAGUAUAAAAUGACAGCAUAAAAAGCAAAGAAUGAAACAGGACGGAGGAACUGGAGAAGUUCACAAACACAUCAGAAUAGACACGUCAGGAAAUAAAUGUCCUGUAAAAGGCUUCAGUAUGAUUCUUUCUAGUAAAAUGUGGAAUGGUUUGUUUUAAAUUGAAUCUCCCAAGCAAAGGAGCUGGAUAGCCUUCACCCAAACCAAAUGUCAUUUUUGCCCCCAUGAAUAUAGCAAUUAGAAAAAGGGUGGGUUUUU